CCGUCCCCGGGCUGCUUCUAGUUCGCUAGUACGCAUGUUCAGAGUCUCAGCCCCGGGGGAGAGGCAGUAGGAAGGAAAAAGGUGGGGCCACAUUACAAACAAAACGAAACAAAAACUACUGGCAGCGCAGGCCGGCAGCAUCCACGGAGGGAGCCGCUCCUCCCAGAAGGCGGUGCAGCCGCCAGGACGAGCCCCGCAGAGGGUUGUGGGGCGGGUAGCUCCCCUCCACAAGGAGGCUCGCGGAGUGGGGUGGGCGGGGGACUCCAUGUCCCAGCAUGCCCCGCGCUGGGCCCGACCGGCCGCGACUCCGGGCUUGGCCCCGGCCCUAGCUCAUCGGCGGUGACUGGGGCGCGUGGAGGCUGCAGUCACGGUGGCGCCCGCGGGGACGGAGGAGGGAAUGAGUGAAGAGGAGCAGGGCUCCGGCACGACCACGGGCUGCGGGCUGCCCAGUGCAUUUGGGAGGAAGCAGGUAGGGCAAGAGCUGCCUGACUGCUGGGGAACCAUACUGCAGCUGGCACUUAGGCUCAUGGGUAUUCACGGAACCAUUCAGCUUUGGCCUGUGCUUUUGCUUUUCUUUUCCUUCAGAACUCCCCCCAUGGAGAUGCAGCCCCCUGUCUCCCCUCAGCAGUCUGAGUGCAACCCUGUUGGUGCUCUGCAGGAACUGGUGGUGCAGAAAGGCUGGCGGUUGCCAGAAUAUACAGUGACCCAGGAAUCUGGGCCAGCCCACCGCAAAGAGUUCACCAUGACCUGCCGAGUGGAGCGUUUCAUUGAGAUUGGCAGUGGCACUUCCAAAAAGCUGGCAAAGCGGAACGCAGCUGCUAAAAUGCUGCUUCGUGUGCACACAGUGCCGCUGGAUGCCCGGGAUGGCAACGAGGCGGAGCCUGACGAUGACCACUUCUCCAUUGGUAUGAGCUCCCGCCUGGAUGGACUUCGGAACCGGGGCCCAGGUUGCACCUGGGAUUCUUUGCGAAAUUCAGUGGGAGAGAAGAUCCUGUCCCUUCGCAGCUGCUCCCUGGGGUCCCUAGAUGCCCUGGGGUCUGCCUGCUGCGGCGUCCUCAGUGAGCUCUCCGAGGAGCAAGCCUUCCAUGUCAGCUACCUGGAUAUUGAGGAACUAAGCCUGAGUGGGCUCUGCCAGUGCCUAGUGGAGCUGUCCACCCAGCCAGCCACCGUGUGUCAUGGCUCUGCAAGCACCAGGGAGGCAGCCCGCGGCGAGGCUGCUUGCCGUGCCCUGCAGUACCUCAGGAUCAUGGUGGGCAGCAAGUAGAGCCCCAGCUGGACUCACGGAUGUGCAUCCUUUGCUCUCUGCCCUUCCUGCCUCUGGGCCCUUGCAUCUGCCCAUCUGGAACCUUCUGGAGGUGCCAUCUCUACCUCUGACACAGACUGCCUGCUCUGAGGCUGAGGAAAGCACAGGGCUAGGAGCCAGGACCAUAGGGUCUUAGCUGGCUCAAGAUCUGUCCUCAUUCUGGGAGGAUGAGUGGGGAGGAAAUGGGGCUCUACUAGAGUCCAGAAUAAACAAUGCUGCACCUUGGUUUU